GGGACUAGACCCUAGUCUCGAUCCCAGAUCGGAGCUUGGACUACAGUGGGACUAGACCUUGGUCCAGAUCCCAGACUUGGACUUGAGUUGAAAGAAUCAUGGCGAGGUGGAGAUUCUUCCUGGAGGUUUUUCUGUGUCUUUGCUGCUCUGUAAAUGGACAAAAUUGGAGAGACAGAUUUGAGUCAUUUAGCCGUUAUGAAGAACGUCACAGUCGUCCACUUGAGAUCAGCACAGCACCAAGGUUCAGAGUUCUUGCUCCGGAUGUACUCAGAGCAGACAGUGAGGAGAACAUUGUUCUUCAGGCCGAUGGGUUCUCCGAUAUGCUUCCGGUCAUGGUCCAAGUCUGGGACUUCAGCAUGAGCAGGGAGCUUGCGCAGAGCGCUACCACCCUGAGCCCAGACAAUGGAUACCACAAACUACACACCAUACAGUUUCCAUCUAUAAACCUGGAGCCCGAGAAGAACAAAGAGAGGUUUGUGUAUCUCAAAGUGAUUUUUCAAGGAUUUGAACCUGUGCUGCGACAGGUCCUGGUCUCAUUUCAUCAAGGUUACAUCUUCAUCCAGACAGACAAGCCCAUCUACAACCCCGGAGACAAAGUUCAUCUCAGAGCAUUUGUUUCUUCUCCGUUUUUUAAGGCAAUCACAAGCACCAUCACACUCGACAUCAAGAAUCCUGACGGUAUUGUGGUUUAUAAUACGGCCAAGAUGAGGACCCCCAACGGCAUCUUUAGGGACUCCUUCGGCCUCACAGAGCUUGUCAAUGAAGGUACAUGGACAGUAACGGCAAAGUUUGACAACUGGGAGCAGAACACGUUCAACUCCACGUUUGAAGUUAAGAAAUACGUGCUUCCUGCAUUCAACGUGACCCUCACUCCACAGAAACCCUUCUUUAGCGUCGACGACAGUGAACUGGUCGUAACCAUCACAGCCAGGUACCUGUAUGGUCAGCCAGUGCAGGGAAAGGCUUAUGUAAUGUUUGGAGUGAAACACGCAAGAGAGAAGAUCCGCCUGAGAGCCAUGAAGCAGGUCACCAAUCUGGAUGAAGGGACAGUCUCUCUGACCCUGAAUGACCUGAAAGCGGAGUACCCAGACAUCAGGAGUUUAGUGGGAAAGUCCAUCUACGUCAAAGCCUCAGUCCUCACUCAAUCAGGCAGUGAUCUGGUGGAGGUAGAGAAGAGCGGGAUCCGGGUUGUGAUUUCUCCUUUCGUUUUAUCGUUCAAAGACGCUCCAAAAUACUUCAAACCAGGCCUGCCCCUCGACCUCACGGUGGAUGUGAGACACCAUGACGGCUCUCCAGUCCAAAAUGUCAAAGUGAAGCUGUCAUUGGUGGACGCUCCACUAGAGGUCUCUGGGGGCACCAUUCGCACCAGUCUGAACAUGCCCAAAGGGAGGCACAUGCAGCUAAUCACGGCAGAGACAGUGGAACCAGGGCUGAGGCCGGAGCAGCAGGCCCGCACAGAGCUCCGGCUUUCGCCCUACACGACACACAGCUCCCCCCUGAACCUGCUCUACAUCUCUGGGGUGAACCACAGAGUAUCUGUGGGCGAGAGUCUGCGGCUCAUGUUCAGUGUCAGCGUGGAGAAGCCAGAGCACCUGCAGCACAUCAAACACAUCACAUACAUGGUGCUAAACAAAGGGCAUAUCAUCAAAGCGGAGCGGGUGAAUGUCUUGUCUCAGAUUGUAGUGGUGGUGCCGCUCAGCGUGACCCCAGACAUGCUGCCCUCUUUUCGCGUAGUGGCCUUCUAUUCGCUCCCCUGGUCAGGUCAGGAGGAGGUGGUGGCUGACUCCAUCUAUGUGGAGGUGCAAGAGUCCUGUGCUGAGAAGCUGAAGGUGGGACCAGAGGGGAAAGCCUCCGACCUGAUGCCCGGGAAGGUGCUCCGUUUUCAGGUACAAGCAGAGCCUGGCUCCACUGUCAGCCUGGUCGCUGUGGACAACUCUGUGUUUCUGCUGCGGAGAGACAGACUCACCCAGAGCAAGGUGUGGGGUGUGGUGCAGAGGGGAGACCUGGGCUGCUCGAGGGGGGGAGGGUCCAGUGCCAGAGGAGUGUUCUCAGACGCUGGGCUGCUCUUCUUCUCAAACUCUGGCUUCCAAACUGUCUUUAGACCAACACUGCAAUGCCCACGCAGCUCCAGGGGGAGGCGCUCUGCUGAUCGGUUAGAACGCAAAGCUGAACUUGAACGUCAGUACAAAGAUGACCUGUUACGUCGCUGCUGUCUGGACGGUCUCAGGGACAUUCCAAUGAAGUAUUCUUGCACGCGGCGUUCCCUGUACAUCUCCGAGGGUCUGGAGUGUAUCCGGGCGUUCCGAUACUGCUGUGGCACGUACAGAGAGGAGCCCAUCGACCCACACAUGCCCACCGCUAUGCCCAGCUUCAUCACAACCACCACCGCCGCACCCACCACCACCGCAGCCAUGAGAUGGGGGGGCAGAGUGGUGCCGUACUCUCGGGGCAGGUUCAACUUUGAAGAAAGAAUUGUAUUCUUGCGGAAGGAGACUCGCAAGAUCAUGGCCCAACCAGUGAGACCGGAUCCAGUAAGGGGGGAGGCUGGUCGUGUUGGGAUGGCCCGCACAGAUGCCACUGAGCUGGAUGACUUGUACGAGGAGGAGGAGGAUGAAGAGGACUUUGAUGAGACAAGAGUGGAAACCAGGUUUAGGUUCCAAGAGUCGUGGCUCUGGGAGGACGUGCCUGUGCCCCUCAAAACGGACCACACCACAAGACUCUCUUCUGUGACUCUAAUGCGCCCCCUGCCUGACAGUAUUACAGAGUGGGGCAUCAUGGCCGUCAGUGCCUCGGCUCAAACAGGUUUUUGUGUGGCUGAGCCUUAUAACGUCCGAGCCUGGAAGCCCCUCUUUGUGGAUCUGAAGUUGCCAUAUUCUGUUGCCCGAAAUGAACAAGUCCAGAUCCGAGCCGUGGUCCACAACUACUCCCCUGUCAACAGAGAGGUACGUGUGACCUUGAUGAGGACUGACAACAUGUGCAGCGUUGCGUUUAGGGAGAAGUUCGUUCAGGAGGUGUUGGUAGCGUCGGGCUCCUCCGUGAUGCUGCCCUUCACUGUGGUGCCUCUGGCUGUGGGACACCAGCCUCUCGAGGUCAUGGUGGUCACCAAAGACCUGAUGAUGACUGACCGUGUCCAGAAGAACCUACGCGUGGUGAUGGAGGGAAUGCAGAAGACCAAAGUGUGGAGUGUUGUGUUGAACCCUGCAGCCGAAGGAGGCACUCAGACGUUGCGGAUGGGGAAGAUCGAACUGGACUCUGUGGUGCCAAACUCCGUCCCAGAAACCUUCAUCAACAUCCGAGGAAACGUGCUAGCCGACAGCCUGGAGAACUCACUGAACCAGGACUCUCUGGCGUCUCUGAUCCGGUUGCCUGGAGGCUGUGUGGAGCAGAACCUGGCCUCCAUGUCUCUGCCCACCAUUGCAUUCCUAUACCUGGAGAGAGCUGAUGACUGGGGAAGAGUGGGCGGACAUCGCAAAGAUGAAGCAAUCGGGUUCAUACGAAAAGGUUACACCAAUCAGCUGGCCUACAGGAGGAGUGAUGGCUCAUACCCCCCCUACAGGAAGCAAGGGGCAAGCACAUGGAUCACUGCAUUUGUGGUGAAGGUCUUCUCCAUGGCUCACUCAAUCAUCGGAGUGGAUGAGCAGCAGGUCUGUGAGCCUCUGCUGUAUCUGCUCAAGCACCGAUACAAACCAAAGCAGGGAGUGUUCAUCGAGGAGAACCCAGUCUAUAGCACCACCAUGACGGGCGGUCUCCGUGGUGAUGACCCCCAGGUGACUCUCACAGCUUUUGUUUUGAUUGCAUUGGCCGAAGCAAAGGAGGCCAAUAUCCGCUGCAGUGAGGCCGGACUCGACGUACAGGACAUAAUCCGUAACACCGCAACCUACCUGAAGACGGCUCUGCAGCUCCGACGACGGCCCUACACGGUGGCCAUCUCAUCGUACGCUCUGGCUCUGUUCAAGGACCAGGUGGACUUCAACCCAAUACCACCACUGCUCCAAGCCGCCUCUGCUGGUGGCAGUCAGUGGGUGGACAGUGAGAACCGCCUCUUCAGUCUGGAGGCUACUGGCUACGCUCUGUUAGCUCUGCUUAAAAUGGAUGCCAUGACAGAGGCUGCUCCUGUGUUUAAAUGGUUAAACAGCCAACGCAUGCAGGGAGGAGGCUACGGGUCCACUCAGCCCACAGUGGUAGUUCUCCAGGCCUUGUCCGAGUACCUGAUCAAAAAGCCACCUCCUCAAAACCUGGAUCUGAACGUGGAAGUCCGGAUGGGAGCUCGUACAAUUCCCUAUAACUUCAACCCAGACACCUCCUACGCAGCUCGCUCAACCCGGCUUCUUGAUAAUGUGGAUCUGGAGGUGCAGGCUCAGGGGAAUGGACAGGGCAUCCUCGAAGUGGUGACAUAUUACAACCAGCUUCACGAGGCGGCGGAGAAAACGCCGUGCAAAGACUUUGAGCUCCAAGUCACAGUGGAUGAAUCGGAUGAAAAGCCUACUGCAGAUGUGGUGAAGUCCUACCUAAUGACCAUCAAAGUUCGGGCACUAGGACCCAGAGACGUGCGGAUGGUGGUGCUGGACGUGAGUCUGCCCACUGGCUUCACUCCAAACAACGCAGACCUCGACAUGCUUUCUAACUCUGUGGACAAAUACAUCGCCAACUUUAAGGUCGUAGACAACCUGAGUGACAGAGGCUCUCUGAUCCUGCACUUGUUUAAGGUUUCUCAUAAAGAACCGGAGAUUCUGAUUUUCAAACUGCAGCAGAACUUUAAAAUAGGACACAUCCAACCCUCCUCUGUCACUGUGUAUGAGUACUACAACCCAGAUCACCGGUGCAGCCGUUCGUUCACUCCCAGAGAGAACACAGAGGAGCUGACUCAGAUCUGUUCGAAUAAUGUCUGCAGAUGCACUCAAGGAGACUGCUGUGUCCCUAAGGAAGACUCUGAAAACUUCUCAAGUGAAGACCGCGUGUUGUUUGCCUGCACCACUCUGCACCACGUGUUCAAAGUGAAAGUUCUGAGUGCGACCGAGAGUUAUUAUGACAAAUAUGAGCUGCAAAUCACACAACUCAUCAAACUAGGAGCGGAGUCUGGAAUUCUGGCCGGACAGACCCGGACUUUCCUGUCUCAUGGAGCCUGCAGAGACAGACUCAAGCUGAUCCCAAACCAGGAGUACCUCAUUAUGGGGCCCAAGCACGACCAGUGGAACAUUGACAGCGCCAACAACAGGUUCGUGUACCUGCUGGGUAAGAAGACAUGGGUGGAGCGAUGGCCGUCUGCAGAGGAGUGCAGCUCCUCCCUCGGGCAGAAGUGUGAAAGUCUGAACGCUAUGGCCGACGAGCUGUCCACGAACGCAUGCCGACUGUAACUGCAAUGUACACAGUGUCCCUGAACGCACCACUACUGGAGCAGUCCCAUAACACUGGCCAUGUUCUCAUGGACACCACAAAUCAGGUCCUAUGGUAAAAUUGGAUAGUUUUGAUCUAAUUUAUAGUUAAUACUCUGAGCAUAUCCACAUGAAACAAAAACUGGCUCAAAGUUCAACAUUUUCUUUGUCAGUAUAAAUAAACAUGUGAAAUUAUAAGUGUGAAAGUGUCAAAAGCUGUAUUAUUGAAACUAUCAGACUAAUAACUAAUACCAUGUAAAGCUGUUUUACAAAAGCUUCUUGACAAAUAUAAUACAUUAUAACAGUUUGAUUUCUUAGUCCGUAUUCAACUGUGUAAAGCUGAUAUGGGCCUUGGCAGAGUGGUUAGCCUUUUUUGCCUCAUAACACAAAGCGUUUGGGUUCUCCUUAGACUUGGCUCCAUUCAUAAACCUAAAAAAAGCAGAUUAAAGGGCUCAUAUUAUUCACAUUUUGAUAUGUUAUGUUUCCUCAUCAAAAACAUACUUGUUCUUUCACACCUAUUUAACACAAAAAUUCUGCAUAUUUAAUUAGAGUUCUUCUCUGAAACAGAAAACAGUCAUUUCCACCUUGUGAUGUCAUGUGGUAAUACAGGAAGUGCUCCACUGUGUUUUUAAACUCCAUACACUUUUACUAGAAUCAUUUGGAUCAUUCCAGCCCUGGAAUUUUGACAGACCGAUAAUAAAGAGUUACUGAAAUAUGUGUGAAUCAAACCAACUCCAGGUGUGUUUUUGAUGAGGUAACAAGAUUAUAACAUGUCUUAAAGCUCACAAGAGUCAUUUGCACAGGAAGGGCCUGUUCACUGUUUACAUUUACUCACAAGAACACAGUGACAGAUUCAAGUGUAUGUGACUAAUCGAAAAACAGCUAACUAAUGUUCAAUGUUGGGAAGGAAAUACAUUUUUAAAAAUCCAUAUUCUGAAUAAUAAUUUUAAGGAGCAGUAUUGCAGUACAGGUACUCGUUUUUAUUUUAUUCAGAAUACAGUAACUUUCCUAAAAUUAAAACAAUACCUCAGGGCACUUUAUCAAGAAAUUCUGUGUUGAAACUGCCACCAUUAUGAGUGCAAAUGACAAAAAGCUGUUUUAACUGCGGAUGCUACAGUAUAUCGAUUAUCGGUGAUAUUGAAUAUUGUACUGGUAGUUUUUCUGCACUGCACCAGUCUGUGUGCCCAUGUGUCAUUCCCAGUUUAUCCUCAGAGCAGUAGCUUUGUCUUUUUGUCAUUCAUGAGGAGACAUAUGAAUUUAUAUCCCAGAUAAACCUCAAAAUAACAUACAUUUGGUCUGUACUAUAAGCUUAACAUGGGAAUUGGCAAAAAUCUGUUAUCGACCACAACAGCAUCAUAUCGAAUCUCCUCUAGUUUUAAUAAUAUGUAAUGUUUUCAUGCUAUAAUAAAAACUCCAAAUUAAUGUGUCAAUCAAAUACAUUUAAUGCAAAUAUUCAGUAUUUUGCAACAUAAUGCAUUUUAUACAGUAUUCUUCUCAACAUGGCUAAUGCUAGCUAGAGUGUAAAGUUAUUUGAGAGGGAUUUAACAGCACAGCUCACCUGUUGUAGUUUUAACUAAGACUCAGAUUAAAGUCUAACUUGAGUAACAGAUUCAGACAAAGCAGUGCCUCCUGUUGUGGAUGACAUCAUGUGAAAGGCAUCAGUAUUCUUUUUUGAGUGCAGUUUUGGCCCCAUCAGACCAGCCAAAGCUUAUAUUCAACUUAUGGCCCGCAACCCACCUUCCAAACAUUCUCUUGUUUGCUGGUUUAGUUAGUCCUGUUUUAGACCUGGUUUUAUUCUGGGUUACUACUAGUGUAGUCCUGGAUUUGUCCUGGUUCAGUCCUUGUUUAAUUUUGAGUUAGCCAUGGUUUGACACCAAGAAGUGUUCAAAUUGUUCUCGCAUCUCGUCCAGCCCAAAAGCCACACCCCUCUUAAAAAUCUGACCCUUGUGCAAAUUUGGUUGAAGCCCUUGCUUAUACUAUACUCUGGGGAAAAACAAUCACGUCUCUACUAUGGAAAUUGCCCCAUCCUCCUCUUGAGUUUCACACAAAAGAUUUUAAGACCAGUUGAAAAAUUGCAAGAAUCCACAUUUUGCACUAUUGAAUCUUAAGAAGGUUCAAAGUAGUACUUCAAAAUGCAAAAAGCAAUGGGAGUGAGACAAGAAAAGAUUUUGAAUAAGCAAUUUAUCGGAAACAAUCAUUAAACUGAAAUAGGCUGAUCAAAAGUUUAAGACCACGUCUCAAAAACAAAACAAAAAAAACAACAACCCUAAAAUAGAAAUAAAAUGUUCAAAAAUGGACUCAGUAAUGAGUAGCUGCACGAUUCUUGUUAAUCACCUGAAAAAUUCGUUUCAGCAUGUUUGAUGCUAGUGUUUCUAGGAGGUUCGUGGGAAUGUUGCUCCAUGUGGUGAAGAUGGCUUCAUGGAGGGCAUCCACUGUCUAGAACUGGUGUCCAUUUUUGUAAACUUCCCUUGCCAUCCAACCCCAAAUGUUCUCAAUUGGAUUUAGAUCAGGGGAACAUGCAGGAUGGUUCAAAAGAGUGAUGUUAUUUCUCUGGAAGAAGUCCUUUGUCAGGGGGUGUUGUGAACUGCAGCAUUGUCCUGUUGAAAAACCCAGUGAUUACCACACAGACGAUGGCCUUCAGUCAUGAGGGAUUCCCCCUGCAACAUCUCCACAGCCAGCUGCCGUUUGACGCCUCUGCACAACCUGAAGCUCCAUUGUUCCACUGAAGCAAAAAGAGCCCCAGAUCAUGAUGGC